AUGGAUGUUUCUGAUGAAAUACUCGAUCAAGAGGCAUGUUUAUUCUACGAAAACGUCAGAGCUCUUGUAGUUGUAUUUUUAACUGUCUCAGUUCUUCUUGUGCUGUCAUACAUCAUUGUCGUCUCAAGGAGGAAAUACAAGGAACCUUGCCUUUCCAAAGAUGACGUAUAUGUGCACAGUUUUGUGAUGGGGAUAUGCACAGCCACGAUGGCCUUAAGUAUUAUAAUGCUUUUUAUGCUUCCCCUGUCCAUCCUUGCCAACGAGGUACUAAUAUUAUUUCCUGACUGCUACUACGUUCAGUGGAUCAGUGCGGGACUGCUACACACCUUCUUUGUUUUUGUUCAGGUUGCAUUUAAAGGAACAUGUAUCCUGAUCCCGUUUGGCUUUUUCUUUUUGUCUUCGCACAGUGUGUAUACGGGGAGCAAGGCCGUAUCUUCACGUUUUUUUUAUUCGAUACUGUAUCUUGCAAUAACGUAUCUUGCUUCGUUCGGAAUCUUAACCACUUUUCUCUCUACAUUUGCGCUUACAUUUAGGCUCUCCAACAUCACCAGUGCUACUGACCUUCUUGUGAGUAUAAUUAUUCAGAUGAUGAAGGUUUCUACAGCUCAGUCUUUACGUUCUCUAUCGAAUGAUGUCUACUUUCGGCAACUGAUGGAUGAGAAGUAUCACCUUCAACUUGAAGGGUGUUUGAACUAUAUUGAGAACCUGAACGAGCCACUUCGACAUUUAUUUAGCUCGCAAUUCGACAAGCUAAAUUACCAAACUCACUCGUGCUCUUCUGUUGACACUCAUUAUCACUUAUCUUCUUGGGAGCCCGACGACUCAUUUGGCAUAGAUGCAUUAUCUUGCAAUUUAAAGCAGGCUUCCCCUAGAACUGGUUGUUCACUGCUCUCUUCAUUGGCCUUCCUCUUUCUCCUGUCAGUGCUUCUUGCUGCCGCCUUGUAUGCAUCAAUAAAUGUCAUUGUGUUACUCUGUCAUCUCUUGGUAUCUCGCACCUACGAAAUGGCAGAGCACUCUUCCAGAGAUGCGAUCCUUUUGGGACAUGAAUCAGCCUCCAAGUUUGGGUUUAUUGGCGCAAGCUUGCAAGUAUGUUGGAUAAGUAACACGAAUGAAUAUCUUACUUGUAUUGAAUUGCUUCUGUCUGGAUACAAAAUGGGUUCGCGUUUUAGCAUUUUUGUGUUUUGUUACUGUGUGAUACAUGCAUAUCCUCCUUUGGUUGUUAAGUGCAACAGUGAUGUCAACUAA